AUUGCAAAUUUUAUAUAGAUAUACAUAUAUAGAUAUUUGAGAUAGAAAGGUUGGCAUUGUUUCCAUCCCUUGCUUUUUGUAUUUAGAUUUGCACUCCUGCUCUAGAACUUGUAGUUACAACACUACAAGAAGGGUGUGUUUGUGUGUAUUUAUAUACACACACGUCACUGUUUGCUGUUGUUAUCACCGGUAGCAAAAGAACCGCAUACAAAAGUAUGUAAAACCUUAAAUAAACAUGCCAUAGCCUUUUCCCUUACUAAAGUCGCAGUUGAAAUCGUGACUUAAUAGGAUGAGAAAAAUCACAGAAUUGGAAAGGGAGCCCCAGCGGUCAUCUAGUCCAACCCCAUCCACGUAAUAGUCUACAUUAGAAUUGAUGUGACAGUCUAUAGCGUCUCACAUCAUGAGUUCCCUUCCUGGAUGAUGGUUUGUAGGCUCCUUGGAGGAAGAAAAAUGGCCAUUUAUAGCCAGAGAUCUUUCCUCUGAAAGGGAUUAAGGACAGAGGUACAGGGAUUAAAUGGCUUGACUUUCUCUCCUUGGUCCGUUUGCCUUGGUCUGAGCUGGACACUUCAGCAGGUAGAUGCAAAAUAGAUCCACAUUUUCCCCUCCGUAUCCGCUGGGUUUGGGGUCCAAGACUCCAUGGAUGAUCGUCCCCAUAAAUACAUAUUAAAUAAUAUAUAAUAUUAUGGUGUCAUUUUUAAGAUUGGUCUGCAUGAGUUCAAAGGUAGUGCAGCCAGAGGCAGGGCACAUGCUCAGACUCCCCUUCUUUGGGUUGCUCUGGGGCCACUUUGCACAUGCUCAGAGGCCCCUUGAGUAGGCUAUUGGCUGCUUUGGGUCCACUUUGCACAUACUCAGAAGUCUCUUGCCCUUCUUGUUCCUCUGGGUGGGCUUUUGGUUGCUUUGGGGGCCACUUUGCACAUGCUCAGAGGUCCUUUGCCCUUCUUAUUCCCCUGGGUGGGUGGGCGGGCUUUUGGUUGCUUUGGGGGCCACUUUGCACAUGCUCAGAAGUCCCUUGCCCUUCUUAUUCCCCCUCUAUUUGUUGCUUUGGGGUCCACUUUGCACAUGCUCAGAGGCUCAUAGUCCCUUCCCCUUCUUGUUCCCCUUCUUUUGGUUGCUUUGGGCCCACUUUGAACAUACUCAGAAGUCUCUUGCCCUUCUUGUUCCCCUAGGUGGGUGGGUGGGCUUCAUGCUUGCUUUGGGGGCCACUUUGCACAUGCUCAGAGGCCCCUUGCCCUUCUUGUUCCCCUGGGUGGAUGGGUUGGUGGGCUGGCUGGCUUUAUGGUUGCUUUGGGGCCACUUUGCACAUGCUCAGGGAGCCCUUGCCCUUCUUCUUCCCCUAGUUGGGUGAGCGGGUGAGCCUUUGGUUGCUUUGGGCCCACUUUGCACAUGCUCAGAGGUCUCUUGCCCUUCUUAUUCACCUUCCUUUGGUUGCUUGGGGGUCCACUUUGCACAUGCUCAGAGGCCCCUUGCCCUUCUUGUUCUCCUGGGUGGGUGGGUUGGUGGGCUGGCUGGCUUUAUGGUUGCUUUGGGGCCACUUUGCACAUGCUCAGAGGCCAGCUGCCCUUCUUAUUCCCCUGUGUGGGCUUUAUGCUUGCUUUGGGGGGCACUUUGCAUAUGCUCUGAAGUCCCUUUCCCUUCUUAUUCCCCCUCCUUUGGUUGUGUUGGGGUCCACUUUGCACAUGCUCAGAGGCCCCUUGCCCUUCUUAUUCCCCCUCUUUGGGUUGCUUUGGGGUCCACUCUGCACAUGCCCAGAGUCCCCUUGCGCUCCUUGUUUCCCUGGGUGGGUGGGUGGGCUUUAUGGUUGUGUUGGGGUCCACUCUGCACAUGCCCAGAGUCCCCUUGCCCUCCUUGUCCCAUGGGUGGGUGGGUGGGCUUGUGAAGGCGGGCUCCUCCUCCUCCUUUUCUUUGGCUCCGGAGCAGCCUCUUCCUCCCUCCCUCCCUGCCUCCCUUCCUCCGGGGCUCUUCUCUUCGUGGCGCUGGCCUGCCGGGGCCCCUCCCUGGGCGGCUGCGGCUGCUGCUUGGCGGGGCCUGGCGCCUCCUCCUCCUGGCUGCUCUCCUGGCUGCGGGGGCGGAGGGAUGCCCGCCCGGCCCGGCCCGGCCCUCCUCCUCCUCCUCCGUCCUCCUCCUCCGCCUCCUCCCUGACGGGUCUGGCUGUUCCUCCUGCGGCAGGUGCGGGCUCCGAGGAUGGCGCAGGGCCCGCCAUGUCCCUCCGGGCGGCCCCGACAGAGGACGGCGGAGCCUCGGCGCCGGCGGGACCCCCGGAGCUGUCCCUGGAAGAGGUGCUGAAGGCCUACGAGCAGCCGCUCAACGAGGAGCAGGCCUGGGCCGUGGCCUUCCAGGUCUGCCGCGGGAUCCAGGGCGCCGGGAAGGACGGGCCCGCCCGGGGGCCCCAGGGGCGCCUCGCCGGACCCGCCGACCUCCUCCUCCGCCGGGACGGAGCCGUCGCCGCCAAAGGAGAGAGCGGCCUGGCCGAACUCCCAUUGACUUUAACGCCUUCUGCAGAAGCCCAGAUGGUGCAGUCGCUGGGCUUUGCAAUCUACCGGGCCUUGGACUGGGGCCUGGACGAGAACGAGGAGCGGGAGCUCAGCCCCGACCUGGAGCGCCUCAUUGACCUGAUGGUCAACAGCGACUCGGAGGACAGCAGCUGCGGCACGGCGGACGAAGGCUAUGGCGGCCAAGAUGAGGAGGACGAGGAGGAGGAAGAGGCGGCGGCGGCGGCCAGGGGGGCCCUGCGCGCCGUGCGCACCUUCCGCCAGGUCAUGCGGCUCUGCACAUCGAGGCUCAGCCAGCCCCAGGAGGCCCAGGCGCACUACCAGGCGGUCUGCCGGGCCCUGUUCCUGGAGACGGUGGAGCUGAAGGCCGCCUUGGCCAAGAUCCAGGAGACCAAGGAGAUGUUGACGAAACUGAAGAAUGAAGACGAGGAGCUGAGAGACCGGUCAGUUGCAGACCUGGACAACCUGAGGAACACCGACUGGGCCCGGCUCUGGGUCCAGCUCAUGCGGGAGCUGCGCAACGGGGUCAAGCUCAAGAAGGUCCAGGAGAAGCAGUUCGACCCCUUGCCCACCGAGUACCAGCUGACCCCCUUCGAGAUGCUGAUGCAGGACAUCCGGGCUCGGAACUACAAGCUCCGCAAGGUCAUGGUGGAUGGGGACAUCCCUCCGCGGGUGAAGAAAGAUGCUCAUGCGCUCAUCCUUGACUUCAUAAGAUCCCGGCCACCCUUGAGACAGGCUUCGGAGCGGCGGCUGCGGCCGAUUCCUCAGAGGCAACGGACGCUGCAUGAAAAGAUUUUGGAGGAGAUCAAGCAGGAGAGGAAGCUUCGUCCGGUUGAAGAGCGCUUCCAGAACCAGAAAGGGUUCGGAUCCGUGCCUUGCCUGGUGAAGGCCUGCUCCGGUGACGCCAAGUCCACCUCCUGCAUCAACCUCUCCGCCUCGGACUCGGGGACCCCGGUCCAGCAGCGCCAAAGACCCCGGAUCCUGCUGAAGGCCCCGACGCUGGCCGAGAUGGAGGAGAUGCUCACCUCCGAAGAGGAGGACUCUCCCGGGUCGGAGGCUUUGCAAGGUCUGGGGCUGAAGCGCGACCGCUCUUUUUCGGAGCAGGACCUGGCCCAGUUCCAGAGCGAGAGCCAGAGCAAUGCGCCGGACGCCGAGAACGACGGAUACAGCGGGUCCGAACCCAGGCCCCGCUCAGGUACCCCCUCCGAUGCAUGGACCAGAAUCCAGAACCCGGGAUCCGUCCCGGCCAGUUACCACCCGGCGGUCUCUUGCGGCUCCAGCCCCUUCCCGGCCAAGCAGGGCUUCCUCAGCUCCGUGGAUGAAAAGUCCGAGGCCGGAUCGGGACCCCCUCCUCCGGAGUCCAGCAUGAAAUACUUGUGGCUGCAAGAGUUCAGCCACCCGGAGAGCUUGGCCCUGACCGUGGAGGAGAUGGUCAAUGACCGGCGGGUGCUGGUCAAGGCCGAGAUGGAGAAGUUCCAGCAAAGCAAGGAGCUCUACAGCAGCAUGAAGAAGGGCAAGAUCUGUUGCUGCUGCAAGACCAAGUUUGCCCUCUUCUCCUGGCCGCCCACCUGCCUCUUCUGCAAAAGGUCUGUCUGUGGUUCUUGCAGCCUGAAGAUCAAGAUGCCUUCCAAGAAGCUGGCCCACAUCCCGGUCUAUGCCUUGGGCUUCGAGACCCUGCCGGGCUCAUUGGGGCCCAAGGCACCCCCUUUCCGGAAGAAGGAGACCUUCCACCCCUUGCAGGGCACCCGCUGGCGGAGCGUGGAGGAGGAGUUCCCCUACAUCUACGCCCACGGCUCGGUGCUCAAGGACGUCUGCUCCGACUGCUCCGGCUUCGUCACGGACGUGGUCAGCUCCAGCCGCAAGAGCGUGGACAUCCUCAACACCGCCACGCCCGACCGGAGGAGCCGCAAGACCCAGUCCCUCUACAUCUCCUCCAGCUAGGCCCCCGACACCAUGGCCCCCAUCGUCCCCAAGCCUUUGGGUCACAAUCUGCACCGAAAGAGGAGCUGGAGAGGAAGCGCCAACGUCUCUGCUUUCUUGCAUCCACUCCGACACCCAUCGUCCCCGUCUCUGCCUGUGCUGUGUCUCCAAUGCACCAGAGAGGGAAAGGAGUCAAAUUCUUUUUUGGGUUCGGAAAGGAAGCCUCAACCUCUCCGCUUUCUAUCUUCCUUGCAUCCACUCCGACACCCAUCAUCCCCACCCGCCUGCAUCUGUGUAUACGUCCGUGUAUAUAUAUACAUAUCGAUAGACACUCUAUAUUUAUUAUCCACGGAUCCACUUGCUCCUGUCUUUCCUCCCUUGCGCCCCAGCCCUCUGCACAUGCUCUAUGGAAAUGGAGAAGACCAAGAAUAGUGUUUUAUGUGUUCCCGAAAGACAUACAACAACCCAAUAGUGUUUUAAAUGGGCUGCAUUCCUUUCAUUGGCGUAUGGAGAUUCUGGUCAAAUUCCCCUUUCUUCUUCCUUUCCUUCCCUCCCUUGGGCCCCAGCCCUCUGCCCAUGCUCUAUAAAAAUAAACUUUACCCAUGCUUUGGCCAGGUCAGGCUUCAAAGGAAGCAAUUGCUGUUUGUGCCAAUCUACUUGCCCAGCUUGUCGCUGUUUUCGUUGCCUCUGGACUUCAACACAUGCCUUACGGACCCUGAAAUAAUAAUAAUCCACAAUUAGACGGAAGGAGAAGAUUCCUCCUUGCCUCCCUCUUCCUUAGAAGUCCUCCCAGCAGCCGAUGUUUUAUACGCUGCCUGCACUGUAUAGAAUUGUAAAUAAAAUUGAAAGCGAACCAAA